UGUAGAAUCCGCAUAUACAACAGUUUGCGUUCACUAUGUACACAAUGUACUUAAUUUUUCUUUUGGCUCUUUUAAUAUGGGUCAGAUCUUCACACGAAAUCGACCAUGAUGAGUUUGUGGUUGUCUCCACCACAACUCGGUCCCCCUAUAUUUCUAACCUCGUAGAAAAAAUUGACAAUUUUUACCAACCUCUGGUACCACCGGAACAUAAUCGUUUUCCACAAAAUUGCAAAGAAGCUCUAGACCAAGGUUCCAACGUUUCUACGUUUUAUUUCGUCAGACCUGAGCUUUCCCCACGACCAUUCUUGGUUUUGUGUGAUAUGCAAACCAGAGGAGGUGGCUGGACUUACGUGGUCAACAGAUUUAGUGGCUCCCAAAAUUUUGAUUUACUCUGGACUGAUUACAAACGCGGUUUUGGCAACAUUGGAGCAGAAUUUUGGCUGGGAUUAGACAACUUAUACUACCUAACAGGUCAACAAGUUCAUGAAGUACUAAUCGAACUUGAGGACUGGGACUUCAAGAAAGUGUACGCCUUUUACAAUUUUUUUAGUGUUGGUGGUGAAGAUGAAGGUUAUAUGUUGAAGCUUCUGGGAGGCUAUGAGGGUACCGCUGGAGAUUCUUUAAGUUAUAGCGCUGGCUCGAAGUUUAGCACAAGGGACAAGUACCAAGAUGACUUCAGUCACAAUUGUGCUAAUUAUAAAGGUGCAGGGUGGUGGUACCGCGAUUGUACCGACACGUUACUAACUGGUAAAUAUUUUCUGAGGAACGAAGCGACGAAUUUGGACGGAAUUUAUUGGCUGGCAUUCCGUGGACCCGAUUACAGUCUUAAGCAAGCCAGAAUGAUGAUUAGACCACGAAGGACUAACUCGAUGUCUCCCCAAGAGAACACGAAUACAUAAAAUGUUACCCAAAUAUUUUGGCUUAAUUCGAUCAUUCAUUUUUUACAGUGGUCAGAUAAAUUAAACAAAAAGGAAAAAUAGAGCAAUAGCUAGUUUAGUUAAUUUUUUUUUAAUGUUAAACAGAUUUACUUGUGUUUCUAGGGCGGAAAAUGUUCUGUUUAAAUAACUGUAUUAUAUAUUUUUUUAUAUGAUAUUAUUAUGUGCAAAGCUAUUAUUUAUAU